AUGGCUACCGGUGAAGUAACUGUAGUUGUGGAGAACAUAGAAGAUGAAGAUAGAUCAAAUAAAAAAGAGGACGAAAAUCAUGAUACUCGUUGGGGGGCUUCCCUUCAAAUGUGGAAGAAGAUAUUUGUAGUAUCAUGUCUGUUUGCUGUUGCACAGGAUCCAUUGUUUCUCUACGUUCCUAUGAUGAAGGAUGAUAUCAAGUGCCUGCUCGCUGACAGAAACUUGAAGACAGCAGCUCUUCUUUUAAGAUCACUCACUGAUCUUUUCUAUAUAUUGAACAUUAUUUUUCAAAUUUAUACAUCUGCUAAAUAUCGUGUCAGUGUCACACAAAACGACUCGAAAAUAAGGUUUUCGUGGAAAACAACAAUAGCUAAGAUGUGGGUAUUCUUCUGCUCCUACAAUAAUAUCUUCAUUGACAUUUUGGCUAUUCUUCCGCUUCCACAGGUAGCAAUUUUCAUCUUCUUUUCAAAAAUGCGGGACUUGAAAUCUUUGAGCCCAAAAAGGAUGGCUAUUAUGAAUCUUUUUGUUUUGUUGCAAUAUGUGCCACGAGUUCUUCGGAUCUACUUAUCAUGUAAGGAAUUUAAAAAGACUCCUAAAGAAGAGAUCAAAGAGACUGCUAUAUGGGUUAAAGGUGUCUUGAAUUUCUUUAUGUAUAUCCUGGCUAGUCAUGUACUUGGAGCUAUAUGGUAUUUUUUCGCUAUUCAACGAAUGACCAUUUGUUGGUAUGAUGCAUGUCAGAAAAAAAAGGGAUGUGAUACUAGUUCUUUUGGCUGUCAUGAGCAUAACACAUUUAGAAAUAUUAAAUUUCUAAAUGAUUUAUGCCCUAUAAGUCCAGCGAAUACAACGCUCUUUGAUUUUGGUAUAUAUAGUACAAUCCUUCAAUCUGGUAUACCAGGGUCAACAAAAUACUUUCGAAAGAUCUCCAUUUGUUUUUGGUGGGGAGUUCAUUUUUGCAGUUCUCUUGGUUCAAAUCUUGAGCCUAGCGUGGAUGGAUGGGAGAACCUCUUUGCAGCGUUCAUCUCUAUAAUUGGAUUGCUUUUAUUCUUAUAUCUCAUUGGAAAUUUGCAGACAUGCAUGCAGUUGAAUACUGCACGAAGAAAAUACCAUAGACACGAGGUGAAAGUGAACCGAAAGAUGGAAAAGAAAGAUAACCAGACAGAGUUGUGGUUAUCUGAAAAUGGCAUCCCCAAAAACUUGAUUAAUGAUAUAAAGCAGCUCAUCAUGGACAAGGUGCGACAAGAACUUGAAGAAGACGGGGAUGCUGAUUUGGACUAUAUCUUCUCUAUUCUUCCCCCGAAUCUUCAAAUCCAAAUCAAAAGUUGCAGCCCGUUGAGUAGGCUGAGGAAGGUGCCACUACUUAAAGACAUGGACGAAGGAGUUUUGGUAGAAAUAUCUGAGAAGCUUCAUCCCAAGAAGUACACUCCUGGAAAAAUCAUUAUAAACAAGGAUGAAACACUUCAAAUGAUGCUUUUCAUUGUGGACGGACGCGUAAUCAUUGAAAAGACAGAUGGUUCUCAGUUGGAACAUCUAGGCCCAGGAGAUUUUUAUGGAGAGGAACUUCUAGUUUCCACAUUGUGGACCUCCUUUAGUGAUGCAAAACCCAUAAACCAGUCUGUUCAGGCCAUUGAUGAUGUUCAAGCCCUUGUUCUCUCUGCCACAGACAUGGCGACUUUGAGCUUUAGUUCCAGGCGGCAUAUCAACGAGUUGCGCAUGGUGGUAACUAUUCUUCAGAAACUUACAAUGUGUGACUGUUAG